AAGGUUGUGGGGCCCGCAAUCCAGUGGGAUACUGGAAACUAGCUGGCUACCUCUUUGUUUAUUAUCGGGCAGGUAGAUAUCUGAAACUAGAGCAUAUCCGAUGUUGGUGAGCAUAACAGGGAAUCACACCAAUUACCACAGCUUGCUGGUCACAUUUUGGCUUAUCGAAGAUGAAACACAAUCCACCCUGGUCCUGCUCACUGGUGGAAUGCGAGGAACACCUCCAUUCCAUGGAUGGCCCCAGAGUUGCUGGCAAUGAAAGUAUCCGAAAAGGUACUGUUCCGAGUCUUCUUGAUGACUUACAACUCUGCAAGUGUCAAGUGAUAGUGAGCGCCGGUACUACGAGCUACUACCAAUAUCAUACUCCACAGCUAGCUCAGCUUCUCCUAAUCAUCCGGCUCAAGACUAGUGCCUACGCAUGACACCGCUGCUCACCUGCCGUCAUGCUGGUAACCAGAUAUAUAGCUGCAGCUUGCCUUUUAAAUAUUAAUUGCUAAAAUAGUAGCAGCAACUGGACUGGGAGCUACGUUGCAGCAGCGAUGGGCUCCAUUUGAAGGCAACAUAUCCAACUGGGCAAUGGACGGCCUUAUAGUAUAGACUCCAAACUGAUUUCGGCAAUUCUGGAUCAUACAAAUCAAGGCUGACAGAGAUGAGAGCUAAUAUCAUGCUUACAUCUGACAAUGACAACCAAGGUAUUAAGAAGGGCCGCCCCUUGCCCCAGGUCAUGUGACAACUGAGUGAUUGAAGGUGCUGCCGACCCAAUCGAUCAAAUGCCUCACAGCUGAGUCAGUUAACACAACAAUUUCUAUCCACUCAUUAAUUUGUCCAAAACUAUCAGACCAAGUUGACUCGGCUCAGUCGUCCAUAUUAGUAUCUUGAACACAACGGAGGCGAACAACAUGAACCAGUUGGCAAUGUUCAAUUCUGAGCUCUGGUAGCAACCCGUCAACUGAAACCCACAGAGAUUGAAGGUCUUGGACCUACAGAUUCAAAGGUUCAACAAGUUUGCCAUCAAGAGCCCUUCACGUCAGUCCUAGGACUCCAGAUGGUUUCUUGGUGACAAGUGGUCAAAGAGAAGCACUGAAGUAUCUACUUCAGUCAGACUGAUGAGGGAUUUUCACUUGAAAGCAAACAUGACGAACCCUUAAUGUUCAGACCAUCACAAAAGUAUGAGAACACCGGCACCAGUAACCAGUCACAUGGACUGGAGGGAACAAGCUAACAUUUGUGAACAGAAACCACAAAAGCAGCUGCCAACAUAUCCUCCAUUCAGUGACACCAGCAGCCAAGGAUCUUGCAAGCGAUUCCUCCAAAACCCUUAUGAAGUUGAACCAAUGAAGAUCAAGUUUAUCUGCAACUUUGGCGGUACAUUCUUACCAAGGCCAAGUGACGGAGAGCUCCGAUAUGUCGGUGGUGAGAGGCAUCUGGUUCAGAUUAACCGGGACAUGUCAUGGUAUGAGCUGACCUGCAAGACAACAAAGUUAAUAAGGCAGGCUCACACAAUCAAGUACCAUCUCCCAGGGGAGCAACUAAACAUGCUCAUUUCUAUCACCUCUGAUGACGACCUUCGGCAUAUGAUUGAUGAGUGCAUUGUGCUAGAUGGAAACAAAGAAAGGCUGACCAUGUACCUCUUCUCUGCUAAUGACGAUGAGCACAAUGUGCACUUCCUUGUAGAACGCUCAUCCGAUGCAGAAAAGGAAGCACAGUUCAUUGCUCUCGUCAAUGGAUUCGACAGACCAAGAGAGGCAUUAAGAAUGCAAAGCCUUGGCAGCACCUCAACCAAUGACCUAGAUCAGGUGGUGUUUGGUAUCAAAGAGAAAAGACUGCUGGCAGACAGGGCAGAGGAAACUUCACUGUACAUUAAAGGUAAACCCUCACAAAGUAUCGUUGUAGAAUCGCCAAAAACAUCAAGUGGACAGCUGGAGAGACUUCCUACUCCACGUUUCCUAACACGGAUGGCCAAAAAAGAUUACAAGGCGCAAAACAGUGAAGGGAACCUGAUCACCUCUGGUAGAAAGAUGACUGGUGUUCACUUUGGUUCAUUUGUGCCAUCUAAAUUCAUGUAUAAAGCUAAGAGGGAGCCAGGUAGUGGCAAGACUGUCUCAAGGCAUCAGCUAGAACUGCAGCGAACUGCUACCAACAUGAUUGAGAAGGGCCAUCAAGCUACAAGAGCUCAGGAAAAAGGAUCAUCAAGAAAAGAGCUGCUGAUACCACUAGAUAACAGUAGUGUGAAUAUAUCAUCAUCGGAUUCAAACAACAAUAGCCUAAUGGCACAUACAAGUCGGUCCGCGAAUGAAAUGCCUGCAUCUUUAUCAAAGGGUUCCCAGAAAACAGUGAAUCAACAAACAAGCUCUGACAAUAGCAAGAUGAAACCAGAAAGGCAUAGCACCCAGGAAGAACGUAUGUCUCAUUCAGCAGAAGAACCAUUAUGGAAGAAUAAGAACUUCCAAUUGCAAAAUAAGGUGGAGAUGCCAGAACAUAGUCAUGAGUCUGCUACACAAAUGCAAGGCCAUGAUGAUAUGUACAUGAGUUUAAACCUGCAUACUAUGGAGAAGUCAGUUGCAACCAACAGCACGGCAAAGCCUGCCGUUCCUAUUACGUGUGGUAACACUUCAAAGAAAGAUCAUCCUUCUAAGCCUACCAUCACUAGCGCUGAAACAGCACUUUCUAGCUCUUUUACAUCUUCCGACAAGACAACUGAGCUGAAACCAAAUAUUCUAGUGCGUGCUUCAAGCGAGAGACAAGGGCGGCCCAGCAGUCUAAGACCAGAUAAACAAUCAUCAAAAAUGAUCAAAUCUCGGUCAGUUGGUGCUGAUAGCAUUAAUCCUCAGAUCAGAAGUCCAUCACAAGAGUCUAAAGAUGACACUGCACCAUUGAUAUCGGAGCUUGAGGAACAUGAAACCAAGAGCAGUGAACAAGGUCUUCCGAAAAAUGAAGUGUUGGGCAGAGGUCUUACAAGUAAUGUCCAGAUAAUUAGCAACGACGACCUUGAAGAUCUCCGUGAGAUGGGCUCCGGUGCAUUCGGAACAGUUUUCCAUGGAAAAUGGAAGGGAACAGAUGUUGCCAUUAAACGGAUAAAGAACAGCUGCUUUAUGCUCCCAUCACCUCAAGCAGAAAAACUGAUUACAGAAUUUUGGAGAGAAGCAGCCAUCAUCGCGAAACUUCACCACCCAAAUAUUCUGGCAUUUUACGGAGUUGUAAAUAAUGGACCUGGGGGAACAUUAGCUACUGUAACAGAAUUCAUGGUCAAUGGAUCUCUCAAGAAAGUCCUCCUUCGCAAAGACAAAUAUCUUGAUUGGCGCAAACGGAUAAUGCUGGCAAUGGAUGCAGCCAUUGGAAUGGAAUACUUGCACUCCAAGGACAUUGUCCACUUUGAUUUAAAAUGUGAUAACUUGCUAGUGAAUGUUAAGGAUCCAUGUCGCCCCAUUUGCAAGGUUGGUGAUUUUGGUUUAUCGAAGAUGAAACACGCCACCCUGGUUUCUGGUGGGAUGAGAGGAACACUUCCAUGGAUGGCCCCAGAGUUGCUGACAAUGAGUGGCACUAAAGUAUCCGAAAAGAUUGAUGUUUAUUCUUUUGGAAUUGUAAUGUGGGAAAUUCUCACGGGUGAGGAUCCAUACGAUGGCAUGCACUAUGGAGGAGUCAUAGGGGGUAUUUUGAGUAACACACUGAGGCCACCAGUGCCAGCUUCAUGUAACCCAGAAUGGAGGAAACUGAUGGAGCAAUGCUGGUCAACUGAACCUGAGAGACGACCUUCCUUCACUGAAGCCGCAUCCCGGCUUGGUGCCAUCCUAGAAGCAAGCCAGAGUGAAUUGACGAGUUAACCUGCAUGAACAACACUCUCUAUUUGUGUAUCUGUCCCGUUAGAGGAUGAUGCAGUCAUGUAUGAAUAAAUUUGUUCUAAAAUUGGUACCAAGUCUCAGUAUGAAAAAUGUAAAGUUCAGUCUCCCCAUGUAUUGAACUCGCAUGCUACUGUGUUGUUACUGAAACUGUGGAAUUCAAACAUUGGAAAUUGGGAAAAUGUAGCUGCGUUUCUUUUCUUUUCUU